GUACAUUAUUUGAAUGGUUGUUUUGGAAGCAGCAAGGCCUAACAUGAGAAAGCUAUUUGUGGUAACUUUUGCAGUUUUGUUGAUCACUUCAACUACAGCAUCGCAACUAAAGUCCAUUUGGGAACUUCAACAUGUUUCUUCGAACAAACCAACUUCAAGGAUCAUCAAUGGACAACCAGCUGCCGAUGGACAAUUCCCAUACUAUGCUGACAUAACAAUUGUGGGUGUUACCAUUCUAAUUGGUUACUGUGGUGGUAGCAUUAUUGCACCAACAUGGGUACUUACUGCAGGGCAUUGUGCUGUAAAGAGUCGCGUUUUUUCACUUGAUGACUUCCUCUUGUGGGUGAUCAAUGCAGGAUCAACAACUGCAAGUGUGGGCAGGCAAUCACAAAUAGUCACACUAUUGGAUGCCCAUCCACAUCCAGAUUUCGAUGGAACCACACUAGCAAAUGAUCUUGCACUUCUGAAGACGGGCGCUUUUACAUUUAACACUUAUGUGAGUGCAGUAACAUUGGUGCCAUCCGGCUACGGUAGAGAUGCAUACAAUGGACGCUACAUUACUGUUUGUGGCUUAGGAAGGACAUCAAAUGAUGGCUCAAGAGCAAACGUAUUGAUGUACACCAGCGCUUUGCAAGUGAUCCUCUACAGUCAGUGCGAGAGUUCAUAUGAAACGGGUGAUCCAUCAGAUGAACUACCUCCUAACAUCUUUUGCGUUCAGGAUUCAACGCCACCAGUCAGUGCCAUCUGCAAUGGUGAUUCCGGUGGUCCUGGCGUCCUAGAUAUAAACAACAAUGGCGUAUUGUAUCAAAUUGGAAUAGUUUCCUUUGGACACAUUGAUGGAUGUGAUACGCAUCCACAGGGCUUUACGCACGUUUCUGCAUACAGGGCGUGGAUUACCUCGGUCUCUGGAGUUUAAAAACCAAACUAAGAAAAGAAUGAUUUAUCCUGUGUUUUUAUGGUUUUUAUCCUUUUGGUCAACUGAAAUAUCAAAUGCAAAUUCUACAUAAAUAUAUUUUACAUAAAAAAUAAUUAUACUGUGUGCAUUGUAUUGAAAAGAUUAUACCGAUUGUACGAUUAAAAUAUUCCCAGCAAGUUAA